CUCCGCCCGCGGGGCCGGGCCGGGCCGGGGCGGUGGGAGCCGGGGACAAAGGUGACCGUGCUUUGGGAGCGGGGCCCCAAAGCCCCCUCACACCAUCCGACCCCGSAUCCAGCGCUCCCACGGCCACCACGGCCAGGAGAGUGUCCUUGAUGCCGGUGAYCGCCGGAGACCGGAGGUAGAGUCCAGGGCGCGGAGCCAUGAAGCUGAACGAGCGGAGCUUGGCUUUCUACGCCACCUGCGACUCCCCGGCCGACAACGCCGGCUUCCUCUACAAGCGGGGCGAGCGGCACACGGCCUACCAUCGCCGCUGGUUCGUGCUCAARGGCAACAUGCUCUUCUACUUCGAGGAGAGGGAGAGCCGGGAGCCCGUGGGCGUCAUCGUGCUGGAGGGCUGCAACGUGGAGCUCUGCGACUCGGCCGAGGGUUUUGCCUUCGCCAUUCGCUUCGGUGGUGCCAAAUCCCGCACCUACGUGCUGGCGGCCGAGAGCCAGGCGGCCAUGGAGUCGUGGGUGAAGUCGCUGUCCCGAGCCAGCUUUGACUACAUGCGGCUGGUGGUGCGGGAGCUGGAGAAGCAGCUGCAGGAGAUGCGCUGGGGGCUGGCCGGGGGAUGCGGGGGCUCCCGGGAGCCUCCCGGCCACUGCAAGCCGAAGCCGUCGGGGCCGGAGCAGUCCCAGGAGCGGCUGCCGGCUCUGCCCGCCAUCCYGCCCAAGGAGAACGGCUGCGCCGUGUGGAACAACGCGGCGGGAGCGGAGCGGCCGCCCGACACCUCUGGCUGCGGYGGGCACGACGAGGACGGGCACCCACGGCCACCACCGCUGCCCCCGCGCAGGCGAGUGUCCGGCRGCGAGGCCGGGGCGGCCGUGGCGGAGAGCCCGUCCACCUUCUGCCGGCUCCACGAGCAGUACAGCCGCGAGGUGGCCCGGCUGAGGCGGGACUGGCAGCAGAGGCAGCGUGGCCCCCGGCUCUGAGCCGUGGCCGAGGCCUGGGGACCUGCCAGGARCCGGGGUGGGACAGAGGUGGUCAUUUUUGGCACUGGCCUGGUCCCCUCGUCAUGCUGGAACGUGCAGAGCUGGCCGUGGUGGUGAUGGACACCACYCAASGAGGGCUCAGCACAAAGGGCCACCRGUGCUGCUCUGUGAUGGUGAAAUGGGCACCUCUGGGGUGCCASCCUCCAGCCGUGGCCCCACGUGGGUUUGGGGUGCUCCACUCAGCACAAACAAACCAUAAACUGUUCACCGACUGAGGCCUCCUGAGAAUCACCUCUGCUCCGGCUCUGCUGGGGCCUCUCGGUGCUCUUGCAGCGGGAUCAUGCACUGACAGCUUUUGGAGGAGGAUUUGGAUGGGAUCUCGCCCUCCUGAGUGCCUGUGUGGGUGUUCCACAGCUGGAGGCACUGCUACCGACUUCCCCUCCCGGCCUGGCGCAAGGCUGAGGUCGGCUGAGCUCUGCCAGAUCCCUCUGCUCCAGCAGGAUGUGGUUUGAAAUGAAAAUAUCAGUGAGCGCAGCCCUUCCUUAACGGCAGCAGCAGCUCCGCACACUCCGGGGAGCUGCUGACACCCAGCCCCGGCUGUACCGAGGGAGCAAUUGCGGCUUGCAAGCCUGGAUGGCAAAUUUGGGGGGGUCAGACCCGGGGGGAAUGCAGCAGGAGGAUAUUUUGGGAUGGCACAUCAUCCCCGUGCCAGCUCACCAAGGGGAAGCAUCGCUCAUGGUGGUGAAUGGGAGCGUGUGUGUCAGCGGUGGAGUGUGAGGAGUGAUUCAUGUGCCAACCAGAGCAAAGCUGGUGUGUCACACUGCUGUUCCUCUCUUAUUUCCCCAAAAAACACUCGAGCUGCUGGCUCAGAGGUGGGGUGACCCAGCCCGGAGCAGGGGGAGCAGUCAGAGUGCCCUGGCUUAGGGAUGGGUGCCUCCAUCUCCCUUUGCUCUCUUGGAGCAGACACGAGAUUUUUUUACAAUAAAAGUUGUUUCAGAACUU